GACAAAAAACACCACAUGCCUGGAACCACAGGUUGCCCCACAGGCGUAAAUGAGAGCUUCUGCUCCCGGGCAGCAGAAGCAUCCCUCCCUCCUCCGGAGCCCAUCCCCCUUGGCUGCAGGGGCGGAGUGGCGGGGUCUGGAUCAGGCUCAGGAUCGCGCUCAGGAUUGGGAAAGCGAUCGGGGAAGGGAUCGGGACCAGUCAGCGCAGCGGAGGCUCGAAAGAACAACUCUGAAGUCAUGGCGGGGAAACCUAAGCUGCACUAUACCUGUGGAAGGGGGAAAAUGGAGUCAAUCCGAUGGCUGUUAGCAGCAGCUGGGGUUGAGUUUGAGGAACAAUUCAUAGAAACAAAUGAACACCUAGAAAAACUACGCAAUGGUGGAUCCCUGCUGUUCCAGCAAGUGCCCAUGGUGGAGAUCGAUGGGAUGAAGAUGGUGCAGACCAGAGCCAUCCUCAGCUACAUAGCAGGGAAAUACAACCUCUAUGGGAAGGACCUGAAGGAGAGAGCCUGGAUUGAUAUGUAUGUGGAAGGAACUACAGACCUGAUGGGAAUGAUCAUGCAGCUCCCUUUGCAGUCAGCCGAGAUGAGAGAAAAGAAUCUUGCCUUAAUCAUUGAACAAGCUAAGACCAGAUACUUUCCUGUUUAUGAAAAGGCCUUAAAAGACCAUGGUCAUGAUUAUCUUGUUGGCAACAAAUUUAGCUGGGCGGACAUCCAGCUGCUGGAAGCCAUUCUAAUGGUAGAAGAAUGUAAGCCAGAUAUACUGUCUGCGUUCCCUCUGCUACAGGCUUUUAAAGGAAGAAUAAGCAACAUUCCAACAAUUAAAAAAUUCUUGCAGCCUGGCAGCCAGAGGAAGCCACCAGCAGAUGACAAGUACAUUGCUAAUGUGAGGAAAAUAUUCAAUAUCUAAUCAUGUGGCUGCUGAUGAUAACACAACUGUAGCAUAUUACCUGAGCUGUGCCUUAUAAGUGUAAACUGUGUAGACAUAUUCUAUGGCUGUAGUAUUAAUCUUUGAAAGAGAAGAUGGUUUAGAUUGGGAUAAAAGGCUGUAGGACCUGUUGAUUUCACAAGGUUGCAUUUUAUUACCACCAUUUUUUACUGCAACCAGCUACAUGAACUAAAAUAUGCUAAUACUCUGCGUUUGCUUAAUUGCAGUAUUUCCAAAAUUCAACGUCCCCCUGCUCUAUCUAAUCGCUGUCUGUACUUUCAGAGCUACAGUUUAAAAACUAUAUAAAUAACAAAUAUAAAUUAGAACUCGUGACUUAUGGGUGAGAGCGAGAAACUAUUUUAAUCCUCACAUGAAUCUCUUAGAAGAGAUUUUGUUCACUGAAAGAUCAAAGUACAUGUGUCUAAUUAGUCUGAUGUGGUUUUCAUCCGUGCUACUUACACCCUUGCUCCUCCUCCUGUUGCUUGGCUGGAUGGCCACAGCGAGGAAAAUGCUGCUUGACUUCAGUAAGAUUUCAUUUUCCCCAGUUACUUCUCAAGUACCCGUAAAGAGAACUGCACUGGCUGCUUUCCUGUUCUGUAAAAGAGUUUGUGAAUGCUUUAAGCACUGUUGAGAUAAAACUUGUUUCAGAUUCUUUACCCUAAUUUCAUAGGAACCAUCACUGUCACAAAUAGUGCCAUAAAUUAUUCCUUCUAUUUGCUUUUAUUUUUUUCUCAGUAGGACUCAGACUGGUGAGGCAGAGAAACCGGUGUAGAGACAGUGUUAGCCCAGCAAAGUUACCUCCUCUUCUGACUUGUGUAGGAGCCACACAAUGUACCUCAGGUACAAACCUGGAACAACCCCCUCACCUAGUCACUGCCCACAUUAGCUCCUAGCAUUUUUACAUUAAAAUCACCUGCUAGCCGACAGCAGCAGUUUGAACUGCUACACCUCUGUUCCGAAGCAAUGCAACAGUUACUGAACCACUGCAGGGUCUGACACAGGGCAUCACCUCUGCAUUCUGUUAGUGCUUGUGAUGGUGUACCCUCCCCAACUGCCUGCUUAAGCAGAGCAUCUGGCCUAAGCAGAUGACAAGUGGCAGUCCUGAUGGACGUCUGGUCAUGAUGGCUGUAUUCUGGAUUCAGGAGAGACAGAAGACAAAUAGCCAAGGGCUAAUUUGAGCAAUGCAUCCCCCUCCCAACCACAGUGCUGGCCAAAUUAAGAAGGAAGUCCAAGUCAAGCUCAAUUUGGAACAAACUAACACCUGGAUGCAAAUAUGACCAAGAGUCAAUCAUCUCAUCCCAUAAACAGUGAGCAAUCCGAGAGCCUUUUGAGCUCUCCUGGCACAGCAGGGACAUCUCCAAGGGUUACUUCUGCAGAUUAAGAAAAGACCCUUACUGCUACAGAUAGGUUGGUAAGCAGAUUGGGAAAGUUACAUGCUAACGCGCUGUUAUGUUGCUUUGUGAUCAAACUCUACACUGGCUAAGUAGCAUAAAGACUUUGUGUAAUGCAUAUAAACCUUUAGACAUAAACUGUUGACCAAGUCUGGGACUAGGAGUGGAUUCAGCCACACCUCUCUAGGCUCCUUUCCUCUUCAGCUCACGGAAUUUAGAAAGCAAGGGGGUCCACUCUGAACCUCCAGACUCAACGGGACGGUCUCCUUGAUGUAACGUCGCCUAACCCAGCUCCUCACGUAGUCUCUAUGUAGUGUAUAAUGUCUUUCAUUUAGUGUCUUUGAGUAGUAAUAUAGUGUCUUUUAAAGUGUGCAACUAAGUGUAUCAUCCAAUUAUAAUCAGGUGUACCUUGCCAUCACUGAAUCUUUAAGUCGCAUAAGCUUUGUUAAAUCAUUACUUUAUAUCAAUAAAUCAUAUUGCUACAUCUC